GUUUAUUUCAUUACUAUUACCCACACGUAAUAGAAUAUAUCUUGAAAAAAGUCAUAUUUCAAAUAUGGAUAAGAUUUUUGGGAAAAUUGUUCGCUUCUUUUCCGUGGCGUCUACUUUUAUACUCAAUAAACUGUUGUUUUACGGAUUGAUCCUUGGACUGUUGAUCCUAUUUCUGAUUCGAAUUUUCAUGAUGGAGCGCCUCCAACGAUUGAAGGCGAUAAUUUGGAGGAGCCUGUCCGAAUACGAACACGAAUCUGAGGCAGACGAUGAAGGACACAUAGAUGAUGAGUUCCUAUUCAGAGACCUCAAUCCAGAGCAGAGUGUCGAGUUGCAUCGCCGGCAGAGAUUGGAAGCAGCAGCUGCAGUAUUGCGAAAUGUGGCAGAUAAGGAGUGUUCCCAUAAAUGCACCGAACCAAGACGAAAGAAUACAGAACCUAUAAAAUCAAGAUAAAUGAGGGAUAGUUACAGAAUGAUACCAUUCAACGCGAAUUGUUAAAAAUAACACACUGAGGCAGUGCAGCUGGAUCUUGCUGACUUACCAUAACCGAAUAUCCAAACAUAAUGAACUAAAUACAAUCCCAUGCCCAGUCGUAAUCCUUUGAAAUUAAU